CUUCCCAAACAAAUAUUUGGAAUAAAAUGCGUUCAACAUCGAGUCUAUAAAAUGAGUACGGUUCUAAAAUACUACAAAAAGCAAUUCCACCCAAGAGCGACCAAAUACCAACUUCUCAGACUCUUUGUCAAGCUUGAAGCUGAAAUCACUGAUGCAGAAGGUGCGGCUAUUCGUCAAUGGUUGCCCGAAUACUCCACAUACGACCGUGUCGAACACCUUAUGAGCCAGCUCAACAACGUCAGAGGAAUACUUCCCAAACUUGAUUGCUGUGUUUGCAUGGACUCCUUGGAUGCCGAACUAUUCCCACAACAGAAGAUCACUCCACUUUGCAAUCAUGAACCGACAGUCUGCCGAAGCUGCCUUACGAAAACCAUAGACACCCAGGUCCCAGAGGUCGCUUGGGACCAAGUCCAAUGCCCCGAGUGUUCAGAGACACUGCCGUAUGAUGUGGUGAAGGAAUGGGCUUCGCUAGAAGCUUUCGAGAGAUACGAUCAGAAAUCCCUCCUUGCUGCGUUCCGUGAUAUGCCAAACUUCGCCAUGUGCCUUGGCCCCCGCUGCGACUCUGGACAGAUUCAUGAGACAGGUGAUGCUCAACCCAUCAUGACCUGCACCACAUGUCACUUCAAGACGUGCUUCACCCACAAGAUGCCGUGGCACUCUGGCCAAACUUGUGCUGAAUAUGAUGCUUAUCGCCAGGAAAGAAUGGACCAAGAAGCAGCGUCUGAAAAAUUGAUAGCAAGCACCACCAAGAAAUGCCCCAACCCAAGAUGUGGACAUGGCAUUGAGAAGAGCGGAGGUUGUGAUCACAUGACUUGUAAGCAAUGCAGGUACCAAUUUUGCUACGUCUGCUUGGCUGCCUGGAAGGUGAUUAUGCGGGAGGGCAAUACCGCUCAUGCACAAGAAUGCAAAUACCACAGCGAUCGGCUCAAU